AUGACAAUUAAUGGUAAAUUGCGUAUUUCGAUUGAUCGCGGUGGAACAUUUACGGAUUGUAUUGCCGUAAGUCCAGGCCGUGAAGACAUCGUCAUCAAAAUUCUUUCCGUAGACCCCCAGAAUUAUCCGGAUGCACCCUCUGAAGCCAUUAGAAGAGUACUCGAAAUCUUCAGACGCCAAGAAAUACAACGAGGAACUAAGCUUAAUUUGGACGAUGUUGACCAGAUUAGAAUGGGGACAACUGUGGCAACUAAUGCGCUACUGGAAAGAAAUGGCGAGAAAUGCGCAUUAAUUGUUACCAAAGGUUUGAAAGAUCUUCUGCUGAUAGGGAAUCAAUCUCGCCCUGAUAUGUUUGAUGCGGCGAUCAAUAGGCCCGAUGUCUUAUACAAAGGAGUUUAUGAAGUCGACGAAAGAGUGACUCUAGAGGAUUGGUCCGAGUCCAAAGUACCCUCUGGGGCUAAGCCAAAUGGCACUGACAUGGUUAGAGGCGUGUCAGGCGAGCUUGUCAGAAUUAUAAAACCUCUUGAUAUGGAGAAAACACGGGCAACUUUGUUAUCUGCAUUUGAGGCUGGCUUCAAAUCAAUUGCUAUCUGUCUGAUGCAUUCGUAUACAUUUCCUGACCACGAGAUGUUGAUUGGUAAAAUGGCGAAGGAACUAGGCUUCACUCAAAUAUCACAGUCAUCAGUUCUUUCCCCUAAAAUAGGAAUUACUGGCCGUGGGUUUUCUGCAACUGCAGACUCCUAUCUCACGCCUGUAAUCAAAACCUAUAUUGCAACCUUUAAAGAAGCUUUUGAAGAUGACGCCUUUAAUUCUACUCGUUGUCAAUUUAUGCAGUCUGACGGCGGUAUAGUUGAAUUCGAUAAUCUCUCUGGACUAUGUGCUAUUCUCUCAGGACCUGCUGGUGGAGUUGUUGGUUACUCGGAAACCACGUAUGAUGAUCAAUUGAAGACACCAGUAAUUGGUUUUGACAUGGGUGGAACUUCAACUGACGUUUCGAGGUUUGGCGGGCAAUAUGAGCACGUGUUUGAAACCACUACUGCUGGCGUCUCCAUCCAAUCACCCCAACUAGAUAUUAAUACUGUUGCUGCUGGUGGGGGGAGUAUACUUCACUGGAAAAGUGGUUUGUUCACAGUGGGUCCCGAUAGUGCUAGUGCACACCCCGGACCUGCAUGUUACAGAAAAGGUGGCCCACUUACCAUAACAGAUGCCAAUUUGAUUCUUGGAAGGCUAAUUUUAGAUAAGUUCCCCAAAAUAUUUGGGCCCAAUGAAGACGAACCCUUGGACACAGAGAUAUCUUACCUGAAAUUUGCCGAUAUAACCCGCAAAAUCAACAAGGAUACAGGCAAAAGCCUAUCACCUUUUGAAGUGGCAGAGGGCUUUCUUAAAGUUGCCAAUGAAUCGAUGUGCCGCCCGAUCCGGACCUUGACCGAAGCCCGAGGAUUCGAUGCGGCGUCACAUGUUCUUGCUUCCUUUGGAGGGGCGGGUGGACAACAUGCCUGUCUAAUUGCUAAAAAUUUAGGAAUAUCAACUGUUGUCAUCCACAAAUAUUCUUCUCUGCUUUCGGCUUACGGUAUUUACUUGGCGGAUAUUGUAAAUGAGGAGCAAGUUCCCUGUGCCCGUGAGCUCAGUCAGGAAUCCUUGACUUACUUCAAAACGGUUCUCAGUGAGCUCGCUGUGGUUUCAGAAUCAAAACUUGAAAAAAAUGGUAUAGAUGGCACGUUCAUAUAUUCAGAACUCUUCCUUAAUAUGAGAUACAAGGGAUCUUCCUCCCCGAUAAUGGUACAAAAGCCAAAAAGUUCUUGGGAUUUUGAAGCAAGCUUCGGGCUGGCACAUGAGAGAGAGUACGGUUUUAAAGCAGAUAGGCCAAUUAUUAUUGACGAUAUAAGGGUUCGCUCAAUUGGAAAGCCUAGAAAUUUGAAGCCUCUAUCGCCUUUACGAGAAAUGGAAAAUAUUAGUUUCAAGUACACGGCAGAUGCAAGGUCAAUAAAUGAAGUGUUUUUUGAGACAUCAUUUAUGCCUACUCCCGUUUUUUCAUUGAAGAACUUAUCGGUUGGCGAUAAGGUCAAAGGGCCCGCACUAUUGGCUGACGAGACUCAAACUAUAGUUGUGACACCAGGAUCAACUGCAUUUGUCUUAAGUUCAUCAAUAGUAAUAUCUGUUUCCACUUCUGAUGCUGUAGAUUUGAGAGACAAUGCAGUUGAUCCAAUCCAACUUUCAAUAUUUAACCACAGAUUUAUGGGAGUGGCAGAACAGAUGGGCAGAGCUCUCCAAAGAACUAGCAUAAGUACCAAUAUUAAGGAACGACUUGAUUUUACGUGUUCCGUCUUUUCGCCAGCAGGCGGCCUGGUAGCAAAUGCUCCUCACGUUCCUGCGAUGAUCGGUUCUAUGGCAUUUGCUGUAAAGUGGCAAAUUGAUUUUUGGAAGAACGACAUACGAGAUGGUGACGUUAUCCUUUCAAAUGCGCCAGAAGCCGGGGGUACUCAUUUACCAGAUCUUACGGUAAUCACCCCUGUUUUUGAUUCAGAGGGUAAGGAGAUUAUUUUCUGGACCGCAUCCCGUGGCCAUCAUGCGGAUAUUGGCGGGAUUUUACCUGGAUCGAUGCCUCCUUCCUCAAGAGAGUUAUGGGAGGAAGGCGCUUUCUUUAAAGCGUUCAAAAUUGUUGAAAAUGGCAAUUUCAAAGAGAAAGAACUAAUUGAUCUUCUGUGCGUCAAACCGACCUUGCGAGAGGGAGGGAUUGGUACGCGCUGUCUCAAGGAUAAUAUUGCGGAUCUGAAGGCUCAAAUUGCAGCCAAUCAUAAGGGAGUCCUAUUGAUAAGAUCCCUGAUGCAUGAAUAUGGACAGAAUGUUGUUCAACUGUAUAUGGACGAAAUUCAAAAGUCUUCAGACCUUGCUAUCAGAGGGCUCCUCAAAAAGGUUUACCACGAAUACGGUCCUGAGCCGUUAGAAGGUGAAGACUACAUGGAUGAUGGUACGCCCUUACAUCUCAAGGUGACUAUCACACCCGAUGAUUGGUCUGCAACUUUCGAUUUCAGUGGUACAGGUCCUGAAGUGUACGCCAACUGGAAUGCACCAAUUGCAAUUACACAUUCCUCAAUAAUUUUUAGUUUGCGUUGCAUGGUAAAUGCCGAGAUUCCUCUCAAUCAGGGUUGCAUCAACCCAAUAAAUGUUAUCGUUCCGGAGGGCUGUCUCUUGAAACCAGGAUCAAACGCGGCAUGCUGUGCUGGUAAUGUUUUAACUUCCCAACGCCUGACGGACACCAUCUUUAAGGUCUUUAGAUUUUCAGGAGCAAGUCAAGGUUGUAUGAAUAAUUUCACAUUUGGUAUUGAUGGCGAAAACGGAUUUGGAUACUACGAAACAAUUUGCGGAGGUAGUGGUGCAGGACCAACGUGGGACGGCACGAGUGGUGUACAUACUAAUAUGACAAACACAAGAAUCACUGAUCCAGAAAUAAUGGAGAGAAGAUAUCCUAUCCUCGUGAAACAGUUCUCUAUACGAGAUGGCACUGGAGGGGCAGGCAAAUUCAAUGGAGGCAGCGGGGUAGUUCGGGAUAUUGAGUUCACAUUGCCGAUGAUCGCGUCCAUUCUAUCUGAAAGAAGAACAUUUCAGCCGUACGGCAUGAAUGGAGGUGAGCCAGGGGCACGCGGUCUGAACUUGUGGUACAGAAAAAACGGUCAAGUCGUGAACAUAGGCAGUAAAGGAAGUGUUGCAGUUCAAAAGGGCGACAGGAUUCAAAUAAUGACUCCAGGAGGUGGUGGCUACGGUUGCAAAGAGGACAGGUGCAGUACAACUGAAGAGCGGCAGAAUGGGGGAAAUUCUAGUCGCGCAUUUUUCCCAAGAGCGAAUGGUACAGUUGGUAUUAUGAGGUCUCUUGGUGAGUCGAACUAA